AAUUCAAAAGUUGACCGUUAUUUGGCAGUCAAGCACCCUCUUCCUUUAAAUUAACUAAACGUGUCCGUGAUGAGCCCUAGCAUGAAAUUUCUCAUUUUUAUGGGUGCUUUGGGGUGGGGGGUAAUUUUUUAUUUUGCCGCGAUGGGUACUCCGCCCCAAGAGCAUUAUGUGUGCGGACAAAGGCCUGAGAGAGUGGUUGCACAUCGAGAUAAACGGAUGAUCGGAGGCGAGACCGUCAAAGUGAGCGUGUGGCCGUGGCAGGUGUCUGUACUGUACCAGUCCAAUUCAUCUGCCCCGUUCAUUCAUGUCUGCGGUGGAGCUAUCGUCCACCGAUACUGGAUAAUGACAGCAGCUUCAUGUGUAAAUGAGGAUCAACAAAGCCGAUUUUUGAUCCGAGCAGGAAGCAAUAGAUUGGAUGUUGAUGAUAAGUCCACACAGCAAUCAGAAGUCGCCAGGAUUAUUAAACACAAACGAUUCAACCCUGUCACUUUGCGGUACAAUAUUGCUCUUUUAGAAAUGACGACCCCUUUUGCGCUUAAUGAGUUUGUCCAUCCCAUCUGUGUGCCUGAUGAAGGCACUGCCGAUCUCAGAUAUGAAUCGUGUCACAUCACAGGAUACAACGCUCCACCUGCUGAUGAUAUUGGCGUACUGCAAGAGGCAAAGGUGUAUUUAAUGUCACGCUCCUUGUGCAAUAAGCCCGAGUAUUGGAACUACACAGUGCCAGCAGACAUGCUCUGUGUUGGUAAAUUCGGUGGUGGUGUUAACGGAUGUGAGACAAAUCUUGGUGGACCGCUGAACUGCUAUAUCAAAAUUGAGGAGCGCUACUUUUUGAUUGGAAUUCGAGUGAAGGCCACUUCUUGUGAAAAUCCCAACCGACCAAAUGUUUAUUUGAAAGUCUACAGCCACUAUUAUUGGAUUGAGCGUGAAAUGAAUAUCACCUCAGAUUAAAUAUGAUUUAGCAAAUACAUAGUGGUAUUUUGUACAUACAGUAGGCCAAAUUCAUAUAGACAGUAGAGUGUGCUUGUGUCAUGAUUGUAUUGACAGAAGAACUACAGUGAUGAGUAAGAAUCAGAAGAUAUGGUGACCUCUGGUGGACAGAUCUGAAUUUAGCCUGAAGCUUGAAUCCUGAUGGUUUUAUUUGAUGAUUCCCGGAUUCAUGAGAUGUCAUGUAAAUAAGAGUGGAUUAUUCCUGAAAAAGCGUGUGUGGAUUAUUUGAGGCCUUAAAUAUAAUUUCUUAAUAUGCCCUUUUAUUUAUACCUUCAGUAAGAUUGCUUUGAAUGACAAGCCUGUGCUCCAUAAUGGUCAUUUCAGAAGCUAAAAACAGCUCAAAUAAAUUUAAUUCAGUAUUUA